AUGUCUGGAUAUGUACUCUCUUCAACUUCGUUACCUGUUCCUGAAACCCACCAAACGAAUUCUCUAAAACCCACAUCACAAACCCUCGACAAUGAUAUUCUCUACACUUUCAAAUCACCAUUUGAGCUCAAACAAAUCCACGCCCAAAUCAUCAAAACCAACACCUCUCCCUCUAUCUUACCAAUUUCCCGUGUUGCCUCUGUUUGUGCCCUAACUCCCACCUUCCCCUACGCUCAAAAAAUCAUUCAGCUCUCUAACAAGCCCGAGACUGUUAUAUGGAAUUCAUGUCUGAAAGCUUUUGCCGAGAGUGAUUCGCCAAAUGAUGCGAUUCGGUUAUUUUAUCAAUUAUGCAAACACGAUGUUCCUCUGGAUGCCUUUACUUUUUCUUUCCUUCUAAAAGCUUGUACGAAACUUUCGUAUGGAUUAUACGGGAGGAUUAUCCAUGGGUUCAUUGAGAAACUCGGGUUUCAAUCAAACUUGUUUUUACAGAACAGUAUGGUUCAUUUAUACGCAGUCUCUGGCGAAAUUGAUAACGCCUGCUUACUGUUCGAUAAAAUGUCUGAACGAGAUGUUGUCACAUGGAACAUAAUGAUUACACAGUUGGUGAAAAAGGGAAACGUAGAUGAAGCCUAUGGUUUCUUUUCUAGAAUGCCAGAGAGAAACGUGAGGUCAUGGACAUCAAUGAUCAUGGGAUUUGUACAAUGUGGAAAACCCAAAGAAGCAAUCGAUCUUUUCACCCAAAUGGAAGACAAAAUGUUAUCUCCUAACGAGGUCACUUUAGUAGCUGUUCUUGCAGCAUGUGCAGAUAUAGGUGCACUUGAUUUAGGAAAAAAGAUUCAUGAUUCUUUAAAGAAAAAAGGAUUCACAACAAAUAUUCACAUUUGCAACACUUUAAUAGACAUGUACAUCAAAUGUGGAUGCCUAGAAUCAGCUCUUACUAUUUUCAACAACAUGGAAAAAAGAACAAUCGUAUCAUGGUCAGCCAUGAUCCAAGGUUUAGCCAUUAAUGGAAAAGGUGAAGAAGCUUUCAAAUUGUAUUCCCAAAUGAUCCAAUCACAAAUCAAACCAAAUGGGGUCACAUUUAUUGGACUUCUACAUGCUUGUAGCCACAUGGGCAUGGUAAAAAAAGGUCUUCAACUUUUCAAAAGUAUGACUAAAGAUUAUAAAAUAGUUCCAAGAAUUGAACACUAUGGUUGCAUGGUUGAUCUUUAUAGUAGAGCGGGUUUACUCAAAGAAGCUCAUGAAUUUAUAAAAAAUAUGCCAAUUAAACCAAACGGGGUAGUGUGGGGAGCUUUGUUAGGUGGUUGUAGGGUCCACAAGAACAUAGAAAUGGCAGAAGAAGCAAUCAAACAUCUUUUGGAACUAGAUCCACUCAAUGAUGGAUACUAUGUUGUUUUAUCCAACAUUUACGCAGAAGCUAAAAGGUGGGAUGACGUGGCAAGAGUGAGAAAGUUGAUGAGAGAUAAUGGGGUGAAGAAAACACCAGGGUCGAGUUCAAUUUCCAUAAAUGGAAUAGUCCAUGAGUUUGUGGCUGGAGAUGAGACUCAUCCUGAAAAUGAUGCAAUUCAAGAAAGAUGGAAGGAGUUAUUAGAAGAAAUGAAGAAAAGAGGGUAUGUGCCAAAUACUUCGGUUGUUCUUCUUGAUAUUGAAGAGAGUGAAAAGGUUAGGUUUUUAUUAGGGCAUAGUGAAAAGUUAGCAGUUGUGUUUGGGUUGAUGAAAAUGGGAGAUGGGAUGCCAAUUAGGGUGAUGAAGAAUUUACGUGUUUGUGAAGAUUGUCAUGUUGCUUUGAAGAUGAUAUCAGAGAUUGUUGAUAGGGAGAUUGUUGUUAGGGAUCGAAGUCGGUUUCAUUGCUUUAAAAAUGGUGUGUGUUCUUGCAAAAAUUAUUGGUAA